CUGAGUCAACGUUACUACUUCUUGUGCAACGAUGUGAACGGAAGGUAUAUAAUACAAGUGGCGGAGGGCGUAGUUGCUAUCGAGUAUGUCACAUAGAGACGACUCCGGAAGAGGUCCACGACACACCAGCAACCUGAAUGUUACCACUUCGGUAACCGGAGCAGAUUAUACACCGAAACCACCCGACGAAAUGACAACAAGGCCUCAAGAAGGAUCCAGGAAAAGAAGCCUCACGACCGUCGAUGUCAAGAAGUGUGUGGUGGCGGGAUGUCUCGUCUUCAUGAUGUUCCUAGUUUUUGGAUUCCUAGUGGGUCUGGGGGUUCUGUUUGUGGAGAUCCUGGACACCUUCCAGUCUUCACGAGCCAUGGCAUCCCUCUUCCAGUCUGUGUGCACCGGACUUGUGUUUGGAACAGGUGUGGUGGCCACGAUAGUCAUUCAGAAAGUUGGAGCAGGUCAUGUGACCACUAUCGGCGGUCUCUUAGCGGGAAUUGGUUGUGUGGGAAGCGCCUUCGCCCCUUCUCUGCCGAUCCUUGUCUUCACCGUCGGAGUAAUAACAGGAUGUGGUCUGUGUACGUUCACUGUGGUACCCUACACAGUGACAGGACUGAUGUUUGACAAAAGACGGCACCAGGUGCUCACUGUUGUCAGUAUAGGUCCAGGCUUUGGCUCUCUCAUCUUCCCCUUCCUCAACUCAGCUCUGAUGGAUAUGUUUGGAUGGAGAGGCAGCUUCCUCAUCCUGGGCGGCAUCAUGCUCCAAGCAUGUCCUAUUGGAAUGGUCCUGACCAUGCUUAGCAGGGACAUCAAACAGGACAAGGAACUCAAGAUUGAAAAUAGCAACAUUAGUGACAUAAGGGACGGGAACACCGUUGUCACUGAUACACGGGUACCACCACAGACAGAGAACAAUUCGCUAGCCUAUGACAAUGUGACAUACGUUGAUGACCAUGGGAACAAUAGCAACAGCCAACAAGACCACAAUGGAGAAGUAAUGAGUAGUUUACAUAUGACCAAUACUGAAGAAUGCCAGCGGAAAAUCACCACCGCUUCUGAAAUAAAAGACAUAAAACCGAAGAAACAGCCUUUCAUAGAAACCCUUAACUUAGGGUUAUUUAAAGACUUUGGGUUCGUUGUGUUAGGAAUAUGCCUGUUUAUUCUAAUGAGUCUUCUGCCGUCAAUAAACUUUUUCUUUGUGGAUAUGACUAUUUCUAAAGGACUUGACGCCAAAACCGGGUCCUAUCUGCUCUCCCUUAUUGGGCUGAGCAGUUUGGGAGGGCGAUUCCUCUACCUCUUCGUCAGACCAUUGGUGAAGGUAUCACAAGUGACUUUGUUUGCCACUAUGUGCAUAGUACUCUCCGUAAGCCUGCUACCCCUAGUAUGGGCGAACACCUACCCUAGCCUGGUCGCCGCUGUCGUGUGCUAUGGCAUCCCCCUUGGGUGUUGCUCAGUGGCCUACCCUUCCCUCAUGUUCGAAAUAGCAGGACCCAAACGCUACGCAUCAGCUGUAGGCUAUGGUGAGACGAUAUGCGGUUUGGGGGCGUUCUUGGGAGGCCCUAUAGCAGGUACUGUGAAGGAUAUCACCAACACAUACGAUGGGGUAGUGGUCAGUACUAUGGCCGCCAUGGCCUCAUGUGGCCUCGCUUUCUGCGCACUCGCCAUCAGACAGAGACAUUCACAGCACCUCAACAAGGAAACAAGCUCUACCUACCUGUGACAAUAUACUACUGUACAAAUAUCUCACUAACAAUACGUCUGACUGCAUGUAUGUAUUAAGCUGGACCACACUCA